AUGCUGGCCAACAUAGUUUUGAAUUCUGAAAGUCUUAUGUUAUUUGUACAUAAUUCAUGUCCCAUCUUUUCGAUGUUGGACACUAUUUCAGAAGGAGACCGCAAAAUUAGUGGGUCCGAGCCACAGUCUCCACAAAUGGCUAUGGAGCAUGCUCAACCUCGUCAUCGCAAAGACGAUGAGCAGUUUGCUUGGCCAUGGAAGGGUGUUCUUGUUAACGUGCCUACCGAAUGGAAGAACGGGCGCCGUGUCGGAGAACAAGGAAACCACUUGAGGGAUCAGCUGUCGCAAUUUUGCGCACGAAAGGUUAUUCCUUUGUGGGACAAACGCAACGGCCAUACCAGGAGUGUCAUUGUGGAGUUCACAAAAGACUGGAUUGGUUUCAAAAAUGCAAUGGACUUUGAAUAUCACUUUGAGGCACAAGGAUGUGGCAAAAGGCACGGGAAGGGGCAGCAGUACCAUGGGCCAGAGAUGUUUGGCUGGAUUGCAAGAGCAGAUGAUUACAGAUCGUACACUCCUAUUGGUUACUGGUUGCGUAACUACACUGAUCUAAAAACCAUUGCUGAUCUUAAGAAUGAAGAAGAGCGUAAAACUGGCAAACUUGAAGAAAGUCUAGACAAACGGGUUGAGGCAAUGGACAGGGAUGUGCAAGAGCUUGAACACGAGAUCAAUCGAACGACUCAGUUGAUUGGUAAGGCCGAUGAGGAUUUGAAGAAGCUCCUCCAGUCUCAAACUGAAGAAAUUCACCAAAUACAGUUACAAGAACUAGCUGCGCUAGAGAAGGAAGAGAAUGCUAUGAUGGAGCAAGUGAGGGCCACUGAAAUUUUGCUGAAGCUUGAGGAAGAGCAUCAGAGGGAGACAAAAUUCACUCUAAAUAAGGAUCUUGAGUUACGAAAGCUAAUGCUUGACAAGCAGGCUCUCGAGAUAGACCUCAAACAGCUAGAGGGUGAAUUGGAAGUAAUGGAGAUUAUGCCAGGUGAGGAAAUUUCGAAGAAGAAGAGAAUAAAUGAACUUCGUGAGACUCUAAAAGAGAAGUAUGAGAGUAAGGAAGAUAUGGAAUCACUUCAGAAGAUCCUUAUUGCCAAGCAAACAGCACACACCAAUGAGUUGCGACCUGCUAGGAAGAAGCUAAUAGAUGGCUUCCUGGAUCUUACAAAGGGUCGAGGAAAUAUAGGCAUCAAAAGAAUAGGAAAACUUGAUGAAAAUGCGUUUUUAAAUGCUGGCAAAAAACAGUUACCAGAAGACGAUGCAGAAUUUGCAGCUACCAUUCUUUAUUCAGAGUGGGAGGCUCAGAUUGAAAAUUGGGCUGCCACGGUUCAUGGAAAAAACACGGAAAUGAUCUCCAAGGACAAUGAGAAGCUCCGGGAACUAAAAGAAAAGCAUGGCGAAGAAAUCUACACUUUGGUAACAAAGGCGCUGGAUGAAAUCAACGAGUACAAGCCUUUUGCCGAAGACCAAGGUGGAGAAAUCUAUGGUGUACCUGAGUUGUGGAACUACAAGGCGGACCGGCGAGCAACCAUAAAAGAAGGCAUCCAGUACGCCCUGGAUAAGUGGAAGACGAAUAAGAGGAAGCGCUGAGGUCCGAAUCUAGCUUAGUAUUCUUCAUAUGUUUCGCUGAACUAGUAUCGGUGUAAUUUUGCCUGAAUCAUCAGAUAGUUUAUCGGCUGUGGAGGGGUUCUCUGUCCAUUGAUAUUCUCUAACUCCUUGAUCUUUUUUUUGUGGGAUCUCUAACUCCUUGAUCUUUCCGAUGGUAUAUAUUGAGCAAUAUUUUUAUGUUCGUCA